GUCUCCUUCACUAUAGUACUCCACAGGAAAUUGGAAGUAAUUGUGAUGUCGACGCUAGUGGGUAUUGAUCGUUCUGGCUAUUUUUUCGAAUCUUCUUUUUUAUGCCAUCGACAAUACAAUAGUAGCGGUUAUCCAACCUGUGAGUGCAUUUUCAACCAUUUAAAGUCACAGUGAUUUACUUUUUUCAGGUCAUCGUUCGUGAAUUUGGGCAAGUUCAAAAUUUAUCAUAGAUAUCAGUCGGGUACAUUGAAUACUUCCUUCUGAAGUUGUUGGGAAAUGUUCACUAAAAUAUCUUUGAAAGGUUUCUGAUGGCCGGAACGGCAACGACUUUGGUCAACGGGAAAUUGUUUGGCGCUUUUAAUGCAAAAACACUUUCUAUCCCCGUAAGAAAAACACACUGGGUGGAAUUUUGAGCCAAAUUGGGUUUCUAAUUCAUAGGGAUAUUAGUUUUCUCUGGUUUUUCUGGUCGGUUCUGUCGUCUGUGGAGCUGCAAAAGGUUUGCCGACUCUAAUAAUCGGACGCGUUAUUGGUGGCGUCGGGGUAGUCAAAACCCGCCUCGUAUAGGGAUUCAAGAAAUAGCUAACUUCUUCGAGGGAACUGGAAUGUACCUCGGAGCACUUACGCUGAUUUCCGUUAACACAAGUGCCAAGGAAACCCCUGCGUAUAUGGGAUAUCUGUGAGAGACUUCAAUACUGGCCCCAACCUUUUCACAUACACUGAUCUCUUGUAUAGUGCCCUAGUCUGAGGCUUUGGGUCCGUCAUUGGUCCAUUGAUUGGAGGUGCCUUUGUUGACAGCAAAGCAACAUGGAGAUGGGUAACUUUGUCUCCCACUUAUGCCCGCGCAGCUGUCAUUAACCCAAUGCUAGGGUGUUAACGUUCCCGUUAUUGGAAUAUUCAUCCCUAUCUAUUUAUAUCCAGUGCCCGCUUAUAAUCCACAGCCUAAUUCCAGUAUCAUGUCCAAAGUGCGCCAAAUCGAUUGGAUUGAAGCUCUGAUGAUCUCUGCUGCUUUCGUUACGGGUAUCAUGGCUUUCAACUUUGGUGGUACAUUAUACACCUGGAACAAUGGCCAAAUAAUCUCGCUAUUUGUUGUAUCUGGAGCCUGUUUUAUAACUUUAUUCCUUCAGCAAUACUUCAAAUUUAUGACUACCCAUGCCCUUAGAGUUCUGCCAAUUCACUUGUUCAGGGUUAGGGAUAUGGCUUUGUGUUUCGUUUGUCAAGGUAAGAGAGCAUGCCACCCACUUGAUUACAAAUCUCUGAUAGCUGUUUAGUUGCGGUCGCUCUGAUCGUUCCAGUACCUCUGUAUUAUUUACCAAUAUUCUUUCAAUUAGCAAGAGUAUGUAUUCCAGCCCUAAUUUUCAAAGAAUACUAGCCAACGGGAGGAUAGGGCGACUCCGCGUUGAGAGCAGGCAUAAAAACACUACCUUUAAUUUCAACCUGGGUAACUUCCAGCGCAUUUCGCGGAAGAAUGAUGGGCAAACUAGGCUGGUAUCAGCCAUGCUAUAUCGUUGGUAGUAUACUAAACAUUCUAGCGGGUGUCUUUCUAUGUACGUGCUACCUGAAGCUGAGACACAAUACCCCCACAACAAUGCUGAUAUAUGUGGUGUGCGAAACAGCACGCAUAAAUAUCGAUACAUCAAAUGCAGUCAUUUACGGCUUUCAAAUUCUGUCUGGAAUUGGCACUGGGUGCUAUGGACAAACCGGCUUUGCCGUAGCACAGCAGCUCGUCCCUCCAGCUGAUAUCCAUCGCAGCAUUUCCUUGAUGCUAAUUGGUAAGACUUGAGGAUCAAUACUGUACAGUGUGAUAAGAGUGUUCUAAUACUCUGGAGUCUAGCUCAGCUAUCUAGGACAACACUUGGACUAGCACUGGCCGGUGCGAUUUUCCAAAAUGUGUCCCUCUCGCAUAUUCGAGCAAUUUUGCCAAAUCUAUCUACGGCACAGCUCAGCCGUAUUAUCACAGACGUUGGAAGCAUUGAUGAGGUUGAAAUCAAUGAGUCUGACCGAAUUCGGGUUUUACACUCGCUUGCAACUGCUUCGGCUGAUACGUAUGUAUACCAGAAAUCAUUCUCUAUUUCCCAACUUCUGUGCUAAUUCCAAUUUGAAGAUACACCUUGAUAUAUGCAGCCGCAGGCUUGUUCCUAAUCUGCUCGCUUUUUUUCACGGUGAGCAAAAGAAUACUUUUGUUAAGCUAAUGUAUAUCUAACAGAACCCUCCAACCUCGAAAACUCUGGUAAAAAUGGGCUCCAUUUGGUGA